AUGGAUAAUGCUAACCUCUGUUUUGUUUCCUCUUUACAUCAUUUGGGAAAUUCAUUACCCCUCUCUCUCUUUGUUUCAGUCAACACAUAUUUCUUCAUGGUACAGGCUCAGGGUAUCAUGUUACGAGACAAUGUGCGGACAAUUGGUCACAUGAUCAGGCUAUACACCAAUAAGAACAGUACUCUGAACGGCACAGAUUAUCCAGAUGGAAAUAACUCUAGUGAGUAUAUCGCUCAGCCAACCACAUACCUCCCUGAGAACUUCACAUAUGCUCAGAACCUGCCCUGUCCCGAAAGGUUACCUUCUAUGAAGGGUCAGAUGGAAGUGAACAUGACAGAGGUUCCUAUGGAGGAAAUCGAACUGAGGCUCAAAAAUCUGGACAUUCGAUUUGGAGGCCACUGGAAGCCCAAAGAUUGCAAACCACGCUGGAAGGUGGCCAUUUUAAUCCCCUUUAGGAAUCGCCAUGAGCAUCUUCCGAUUCUCUUUCAGCACCUCGCCCCUAUGCUUCAGCGCCAACGCUUGCAGUUUGCCUUUUAUGCCAUUGAACAGACAGGUACUCAGCCGUUUAACCGUGCCAUGCUGUUUAACGUGGGCUUUAAAGAGGCCAUGAAAGACCUGGACUGGGACUGUGUGGUGUUUCACGACGUCGAUCACAUCCCAGAAAACGACCGUAAUUAUUACGGUUGUGGUCAGAUGCCUCGACACUUCGCCGCCAAGCUUGACAAGUACAUGUACAUUCUUCCCUAUAAUGAGUUUUUUGGUGGAGUCAGUGGACUUACUGUCGAACAAUUCCUCAAGAUCAAUGGCUUUCCUAAUGCAUUCUGGGGCUGGGGCGGAGAGGACGAUGACCUCUGGAACAGGGUUCAUUACGCAGGUUUCAGUGUGACCAGGCCAGAAGGUGAUAUUGGGAAAUACAAAUCUAUCCCCCAUCACCACAGAGGAGAGGUGCAGUUCCUGGGGAGGUAUAAGUUGCUGAGGUACUCUAAAGAACGACAGCAUCUGGACGGCUUGAACAAUCUGCAGUACUCUCCGGAGAUCUCUCUGAGCAGCCUGUAUAAGAACAUCACGGUCAAUCUGAAUCCCGAGCUAGCCCCCAUAGCAGAGUACUGAGUCAAAAAAAUGUGAUGUAUCGAUGCCAAAUGCCCUUAAAAACAGGAGCGAGGAGGGCAGAGGCCUGUCUAAUGCACAGUUAGUUGCGUGACGUGAGUGUGCGUAUGUACUGGAUCAUAUCUGUGAAAGUGUAUUAGCGUGACUGCGUGCGUUUAAUUGCAUGUUCCUAUGUCCAUGCUGGCUUUAGCGAAUCAGAUCACAACACAUUUCAAAAAAGGUGGGGAGUGCCAGCGUCAACAAAUCAGAUGUUUACUGCGAAGCCUUAAUUGACUUUUGUAGGCUAUCAAACUCUGUAGAUCCAGUCAUCUGUGCUUACAUUGUAGAAAGCUUGGUUUUACAUUGCAACAGCACUCUUGAUGCCAAUAGA